AUGUUUCUGCUUAAGUCGAUCAACUAUCUAAAUGACAAAAUAAUGAAAACCAAAAAGAUUUAAGAAAACCUGUUUUUUUUAGGUAUUAUUAUUAGAAAAAUUUAUUAGAGCCUUUUCAUUAGGAAAAAUUUAAAUAUUCAUGUGAUACUAACUACCAAAGUCUAUUAAUAAAAGUACAAAUAUAUUCAAUAAUUAGUUAAAGGCCAAAAACUUGAUUUUAUUCAAUUUCUUGAAUUUCAUUUAAAAAAAAAAUAAACUUAAAAACAAAAAUAUAACUAUUGCUUAGGUAGAAGUUUUUGGUUUUAAAUCCAAGAUCCUUAUACAUCAAU